ACUACUGCUGGUAAUGGUAUGAUAGUCUGUUCCCGAUAUCUCUUGUUUUUAUUUAUUUUUUCAGUAUUCACUUCUGCUUCCAUUUUCUUCUCUCCACAACCUUACCUCUUUCACUGCAAACUCUGAUAGAACUCUUAGUCUACUCACUCUUCUCUUUUAUCUUUCCCAUCCCUCUGCAUCUUCCCACUUCCAGUUUUUUUUUUCAGUUAUUUCUCUCUCUUCUUCUCUUUACCCUUAAAUACUUCUCUCUCUCUCUCUCUCUCUGAAGAAAGAGAGUGAACAAAGCCAUGGAAAUUGACCAGUUAACGUCAUCUACUGCAACAGAAGAUCAGAUGGAGAUGAUAAUGAUGAUGGACAAGCUCCCCGAUUUCUUCGGUGCUUAUAACGAUGUUGCUCAUGAUUUAGCUCCAACAACUGAGUUUCCAGGUGCAAGUACUACUAGUACUACUGCUGUUAGUGCUAUCCCACAUUUUAUGAGUAGCCCACAUAUUGCUAGCUCGCCUAGCUUUAUGUCCUUGCCAUCUAGUGUUCCAUUCACUAAUAAUAACACCCCGAUGCAAGAUGAAUCUACUCCACCAUUUACAUCCAAUCUUGCCGCUGCAGAAAGAUGGAGAGAUAUGGGAGAGUUCCCAGGUGCAAAUGCUUAUUCUACACCAUCUCAGAAGAGGAAUUCAAUGGCUGCAAUGAGAGAGAUGAUAUUUCGAAUCGCGGCAAUGCAACCGAUCCACAUAGACCCAGAAUCAGUGAAGCCACCAAAGCGUAGAAAUGUAAAGAUAUCAAAAGAUCCUCAGAGUGUAGCUGCACGGCAUAGAAGGGAAAGGAUAAGUGAAAGAAUAAGGAUACUUCAAAGACUAGUUCCUGGUGGUACUAAAAUGGACACUGCAUCUAUGUUAGAUGAAGCAAUUCAUUACGUUAAGUUCUUGAAAACACAAGUGCAGUCAUUAGAGAGAGCUCAAGCCAGCAGGCCAUCGACAUCAUCAUCAUCAACUGGAAUAGGAUUCCCUAUUGCAAUGUCUAGUGGAAGUUACUUUCCAAUGGGAAAAGCAUAUCAGCAGCAGCAGAAUGCUCAUCAUCAUCGUCAUCAAAAUGUUCAACACUAUGGGGAUGCUUAACAAAUUAGGUCGAUUUAGAGUAAGUGCAUAAUGUAAAAAGUUAUCAAGAAAUUGCCUAUUGUUUGUUUGCUCUUCAAUUUUCAAAAUCUUUUUAGCUAGGCUGCCCUGUAAUCCAUGUUUCAUUGCUGCUAAUAAUUACAAAUCGACGAACAGAAAAGACCAACUGUUCAAAGUUUGUAGGUGAAUAUUUUAUAUCAAUUAUUAUUAUGUAUAAUGUUUUUCUUCUU